AUGGAGGAGCAUAAGAGUGAGACUAAGAGAGUUUGUGUCACUGGAGCUGGAGGUUUCAUUGCUUCCUGGCUUGUGAAGCUUCUCCUCUCCAAGGGCUACGUGGUCCAUGGCACCCUCAGAGAUCCGAGCAAUGAAAAGAACACCCAUUUGAAGAGAUUGGAUAAGGCAACAGAGAAUCUGCGACUCUUUAAGGCAGAUUUGCUUGACUAUGAUGCUAUUGUGGCAGCCAUGUCUAGUUGUGAAGGAGUCUUCCACGUUGCUAGUCUUGUUAUAUUAAGCGGAAUUACAAAUCCAGAGGUGGAACUAAUAAGAUUUGCUGUUGUGGGUACAAAAAAUGUUCUCAAAGCAUGCUCGAAGACAAAUGUGAAAAGAGUUGUGGUUUUUUCAUCCCUUUAUGCUGUAGCAAGUAAUCCAAAUUGGCCACAAGGUAUUGUGAUGGAUGAGAACAGCUGGUCUGAUGAGGAGUUUUGUAAGGCCACUGAG